AUGCCUGAAUUAUCCAAGCUCAGACGUCAACGUGGUCACAUCAUUGGGGCCAUCACACACCUAAAAAAUGCCGUGGUGUAUUAUAAGGCCUUAGAAGCUGAACUUCAGAUUCCAGAGAAGCUACAAGUUGCCGCCGUGGCUCUCAAAGCAAAGUUCGCAGCCUUUGAUGACCUUCAAGAACAAAUAGAAACACUGGAUGAAGCCGAAAAAGCGAAACGGUUCGAAAUCGAGGGUGAUUAUUACGACGUCAUCGGGGAAGUUACAGCCAUCGUGUCUCCUUUGCCCAGAUCCAGAAGUGUCACCAGUGAUAUCCAACGGGUGCCUUCCCCAGCCGGUUUGGCAGCAGACACAGCCACAUCUCUCCUCGCCCUCAUGCGUUUACCAGAGCUGGAGAUCGUCAAGUUCAAUGGCGAAUAUGAAAAUUAUCGACCAUUCAUCGACACAUUCAUGUCUGGCAUCAAUAAUUAUCCCCAGCUCUCCAAGUUUCAUAAACUUCAGUAUUUCCGCAGUCUUCUGACUGGCAAGGCUGCCAAAGUUAUUGAAGCUCUUCCAAACACCGAAAACAAUUACGAAACUGCAUUGGAAAUGAUCGACAAAAAAUUCAACUUUGAGAGAAAAAUUCUCUCGAGACACUGGUGGACUCUCCAAGAUCUUCCUAUCAUCACCAAGGAAACUCCAGAAGCCCUCAGCAAUCUUGUCGAUACUAUCAACCAACACCUUCGGUCAUUAAAGAAUCUCAAUCAACCAGUGAAUCAAUGGGAUUUACCGCUCAUAUGUCUGAUUCAAUCGAAGAUCAGCCCCGAACUCUUCACUCUUUGGGAACUCAAGAUCAAGGAUUCCAAGCUGCCCACCUACACCAGCCUCCUGGAAUUCCUAGAGAAUCGAUCACAGUGUUCAACUCGGAUCACAUCAACUAUCAAUGAACGUUCGAGUCAUUCCAAACGAGGUAGACAGGCAUUCUUCACAUCAGAAACCACUUGUGACAUGUGUAAAGAAGGCCACAAGAUUGGUAAAUGUCCGAAGUUCAGAGCUCUGUCACCAGCAGAACGCUACAAAAUCGCAAAACAAAAACUAUUGUGCAUCAACUGUCUUGGCGCCAAGCAUGAAAGACAACAGUGUGUUUCACGCUUCGAUUGCAACCAUUGUCACGAACGUCAUCACACCCUUCUUCAUUUCAAUGAUAAGUCUGAAUCAAGGAAUCCAGUCAACAAAUCUUCAACAAAGCCAGCUGUCAAGCCUCAAGCGCAACCACCCAUGGACAGCCAGUCCUUCAUCAUCAACACCUCCAACUGUGAUUUGAUGGUCACCGCUCAACUCCAGGUAAUCAAUCAUUCUGAUCAACCCGUAAAUUGUCGGGCCCUUCUGGACACCUGUUCCACCACAAAUUUCAUGACCGAGCGUCUGGCCUUGUCAUUGAAAUUACCUACAAAGAACUUCGUAGUCCCCAUCGGUGCUCUGAAUUCCAUGAAGACUUCCACGAAACACCUCGUCACUGCAACGAUACGGUCUCGGGUCAGCAACUUCAAGAAGACACUGGACUUUCUAACUGUCCCCCGUAUCUCAUCUCUGGUUCCCGAUCAACGUCUUGAUCAUCAGUGCAUCAAGAUACCUGCUAAUUUACCAUUAGCAGAUCCAGAAUUCUAUCAGCCUGGACACAUUGACAUGCUCCUAGGCUGUGGAACAACCCUUUCCAUGCUUGGCACAUCGAAACGGCGCCUGUCCUCCAAGGAUCAACCAGACUUAUACUUGAUGCAGUCAGCACUCGGCUCGAUCAUCGGUGGAGGGGUUCCUGUUCAACAAUCAUCAACAUCAUUCUCCUGUCAUCUCACGAACAUUGAGAAUCUACAGUUCGACUUAACGAAGUUCUGGGAAAUUGAAGAAGCCGUUCCAGAAUCCAACAGCAUCCAGAAUGAAUGCGAGCAACAUUUCACUGCUAACUUCUCGAGAAGCUCCACGGGGAGAUACGUUGUGGCACUCCCUUUCAACGAGAAAAUCAGCAAUCUCGGAGAAUCUCGCUCUAGGGCCUAUCAUCGAUUCAAGGCCUGUGAACGGAAAUUACUUCAUAAUCCAGAACUGAAAACCCAGUACGAUGCAGUACUUCAGGAAUACCUUGACCUCGGCCACAUGACUGAAGUCAACACCCAUAACAUCUCUCAUCCAGGUUACUACCUGCCUCACCACGCCGUCUUCAAAGAAGGGAGUCUGACAACCAAGCUCAGAGUGGUCUUCGAUGCAUCAGCCAAGACCAACACGGGUAUCUCAUUGAACGAUACUCUCCAUGUUGGGCCCACCAUCCAAGAUGACAUCCUGUCUCUUCUUUUGAGGUUCCGGCUACACCAAUACGUCUUGACAGCGGACAUCGAGAAGAUGUAUCGCCAGAUACUCGUGAAACCGGAGGAUCGUAAAUAUCAACGAAUCUUGUGGCGCAACGAUGAUGGUCCAGUCCGAACCUACGAGUUGAAUACUGUUACUUUCGGGCUAUCCGCUGCACCAUAUCUCGCCAUUAGAUGCCUCCAUCAACUGGCUACUGAUGAGGCUCAAGAUUUUCCAAUAGCUGCUGAGAUCUUGAAACGCGACAUGUAUGUCGAUGACCUUUUGACUGGAGCUGAAACUCGAGAACAUGCAAUAGCCAUUCGGGAUGAAUUAACCCAGCUGGUUAAACGGGGAGACUUCAACCUGCGUCAGUGGGCAUCCAACGACCCCAGCCUGCUCCAAGACCUAGCACCCGACGACAUCAACCGCCAUCUGCUCAUCUCAGACUCGCCUACAUUGAAGACCUUGGGGUUAUGCUGGAAUUCUACGAGUGACAACAUCGCGUACAAGGUAAAAUCGGUCGAGAUAACUGCUCCAAUCACGAAGCGAAUGGUCUUGUCUGAGACAGCUAAGAUCUUCGAUCCAUUGGGUCUCCUAGCUCCAGUCAUCAUCAUCGCCAAAACCUUCAUCCAACGGUUGUGGAAGCUGAAGCUGAAUUGGGAUUCUCCACUACCAGCCGACGUUCAGAAGGAGUGGCAAGAGUUCUACCAGCAGCUACCAGUUCUCCAAGAAUUCCAACAUCCACGCAAGGCUCUCACUCAACUAGUACAGAGAAUUGAGCUGCAUGGCUUUUGCGAUGCUAGCAACCUUGCCUACGGCGCUUGCAUCUACGUGAAAUCCAUCAGCACCACCGGCACCACUCAAGUCUCCUUGUUAUGUGCCAAAUCCAGGGUCGCUCCACUAACCAACAAACCUUUCUCACCCAGACUGGAGUUAUGUGGGGCAUUGCUGCUCGCAAGGCUGAUGACGAAUGUCCGAAACAUCAUCCAUAUCCAAAUCCAGCGAGUGAACUAUUGGACAGAUUCCACAGUGGUUCUCCACUGGCUGCAUACUCCUUCAACGAAAUUACUACCGUAUGUGGCCAAUCGAGUCUCUGAGAUUCAGCAGAUGACACUAAUCUCUGACUGGAAGCACGUCAGGACUCACGAGAACCCAGCAGACCUGAAGGAGGGUCCAGCAUGGCUUCUUGAGGAUGAACAUCACUGGCCUAUCCUUGAUCUCCAUUUCCCUUCAGAUCCUCCAGAGUUGAAAAAACAACAAUCAUCGCCUCAAGCUGGAACCUGUUUCAUGACAGCCAUGGAACAGCGCAGCGGCAAUGCGCUCACAUGGUACUCAUCUCUAACCAAACUUCAGCGCAUAAUUGCCCAUUGUCGCCGCUUCCUGACUCGCAACAAGGGUCCAAUUGCCGUGGAGGAGAUGGAUUCUGCUCUCCACGGAAUUACAUAUUGGGUCCAACGGGAAACCUUCACGCCAGUGAUCACUUUGCUCCACAAGAAGAACCCAGGGCAGAAAGCAGCAGUGCUAGCACCACUAGCUAAACUCAACCCAUUUCUUGAUGAACGGGCAGUGAUCCGUGUGGGUGGUCGUUUAAGAAAUUCCAACGUACCUUAUUCUCAACGCCACCCCAUGAUACUGCCCAAGAAACACCACGUGACAAACCUCGUGAUCCAUCAAGAGCAUCACAGGCAACUUCACGCGGGAGCUCAAGCCACCCUCAGUGCUGUUCGACUCCGGUUUUGGAUCCCAGAUGGACGGAGUACUGUGCGACACCUCAUUAGUUCCUGCGUACGAUGCAUCCGCCACAGACCACCUCCAGUGAACUACAUCAUGGGGAGUCUACCCGCAACGCGCGUCACCGAGUCCCGCCCUUUCAACAACGUGGGUAUUGACUAUUGUGGGCCCUUCUUCAUCAAGGAGAAGAAGUUCCGCAAUAGGGCUCGUAUAAAAGUGUGGGUAGCAGUCUUCGUAUGUCUGGCUGUGAAGGCAGUACACCUGGAGAUCGUCAGUGACCUGACCACCGAAGCCUUCCUUUCCGCUUUUCGUCGGUUCAUCGGUCGGAGAGGGCUGUGCGACAAUGUCUACUCGGACAACGGGACGUGCUUCGUUGGGGCCAACAACGAACUCCGGGAACUCCAUGAUUUUCUCCAGAACGAAGAUCACCAAAGGAAAAUUCAAUCAUUUGCUGCGAUCAAAUCGAUUAGGUGGCACUUCAUUCCCCCACAAUCACCUCAUUGUGGGGGUCUAUGGGAAGCUGCCGUCAAAUCGUUCAAAAUUCAUUUGAAGAGAAUUGUUACAGACGAACUUCUGACAUUCGAACAGCUAAACACUCUGGUGAUCGAGAUUGAAGCCGUGCUGAACUCCAGGCCGCUGACACCUCUCUCAUCAGAUCCAAAUGACCUGCAAGCACUUACCCCUGGGCAUUUUCUGAUUGGUGCAGCAUUGACAGCGUUGAGAGGGCCUGACUUCCGAGAAACUCCUUCCAAUCGGCUCUCCUCAUGGCAGCAUCUCCAGAAGCUCAAGCAACAUUUCUGGACUCGCUGGCAUCGCGAGUAUAUCAGCGAGCUCAAUCUGCGGAACAAGUGGGCCAACGGGGAACACCCCAUCACAGCAGGUACCAUCGUCUUGUUGAAGGAAGACAACCUCCCACCGCAACAGUGGGCUAUGGGUCGGGUGAUCCAAAUUCACCCUGGUGCUGACGGUAUUAUUCGGACUGUCUCUAUCAAGACACCCAAGGGAACCCUCAAACGAAACGUCAAGAAGCUCGCACCUUUGAUAACUAAUGACGACGAGAAAACAUAA